GUGACCUGAGUGGUGGAGGAGGCGAGCCUGAGCCAGACGCCCCCGAGCAGCUCGACAAGAACACCGCCGCGGUGGGACGAGCGUACGGCCGUGUUCUGCUGGUGUUCUUAAGAACCAUCGUAACACACGCAAGAAAAUAUACACGACGCUUCGUGAGUCAAGGAAAAAUACACGGCGCUUCGCGAGUCAAGGUCAUCAAUAUAUCAAGGUCAAGGUACAUCGAAAUAUAACACAACAUAUCGCUGUACACAUUGAGAUCUGAUAAUUUAAUGUUAUAGGAACAUCUUGAGCCAGACCGCCGCCAUCACCUAAACACCUGCAACCCAGCAAGCAUAUUAUUGUGAAUUAUUCUGAAGCUCUUUGUGAAGACCGGGACCUAGAUUCACGAAGCUCCAUGUGUUUCUUCGUAAUGGGUCGGCCCUGACCAGAGUGACACCUCGUGAGUGAUACUACAAGCAAGCACCAACAGCCUGAGAGAACAGGUACCAACAAGGAUGGUUGUGACUGCAUCUGUAUCCCGGACUAAUUAAAGGCCGCCACUAACCUAUUGGAGGUGGUGUUGUGGGAGCCGGGCCAAAGUGUCGGCCAGGGACGGAGAGGAGUGCCGGCCAGGGACGGCAGGUCAGCAUGUGUGUGUGGGUAGAGGUCAGCUCGCCCAGACACCCGGCUGCCCUCCUCGUCAUCUUCACUCUCCUCCACCACGUCAGGAGUGAGGAGAGGAGCGAGUGCUCGGUGAGGCUGGACUCCCACAGGGCCAUGAUCCCGCUCUACUACGACAAGUACACCUCCCCGGCCACCGACACCAACCCCGCCAUCGUCUACUUCGACAUGAAGCUCCUUGAUAUUAGCUCCAUCAAUGAGAACGACAUGACCUUCAGCGUGGAGUCGUUCGUGACGUACCGCUGGAAGGACUGGAGGAUACACUGGCCCCUCGACCGCCCGGACCUCGACCCCUGCUGGAACCCUCCGCCUCUCAACAUCACCAAACCUCUCCGCUUCUCACAGGUGUGUACGGGGAACUACACAGCCGUCAUCCCCAGAUGUGUGAGCAGCAGUCCUCCCUCCAGCCGGCGCCUCAUCCUUCCCGUCAAGUUCCUGGAGAACAUCUGGCAGCCGGACGCCUUCUUCAAGAACGCGAUCCGGUCCUCCGUCCACAAGGACUGGGUAUCGAACGAGUUCCUGGCCUUCUACACCAGCGACGGCCACAUGGGCCUCUUCAGCAGGAUGAGCAUCACCCUCAUGUGCCACUUCGACUUCCACCACUACCCUCACGAUGAGCAGAAGUGUGAGAUGCUCAUUCAGAGUUUGUCGUACAAGACGGAGGUGGUGAGGUUUGAGUGGUGCGAGAACUGGGCCCACGCCAGCAGCAAGCUGGACCAGGAGAUCUUCUCUCUCCCACACUUCACCCUCGCUAAAUAUGAACACCAAGUCUGCAAUGGAGACUUCCCGUGUGUGAAGGCGGUGUUCGUGCUGGUCCGUCACCCAGACUUCCACAUCCUCCACACCUACGUGCCCACCGCCCUCAUCGUCAUCCUCUCCUGGAUGUCCUUCUGGAUUGCUCCCGACGCCACGCCAGGUACAUCCACAGCCCGCGUGACCCUGGGCGUGACCUCCAUCCUGACCAUGGCCACCCAGUACUCCCAGUCCACCAAGAACCUCCCCCCAGUGUCGUACAUCAAGUCGCUGGACAUCUGGAUGAUCACGUGCAUGGUGUACGUCUUCGCUGCCCUCCUCGAGUUCGCUAUCGUCUACCAUGUCCACUACCGCCGCUCCCUCGCCCCCUCCCCCGGCCUCGUCUCCACGUCCACCAAUGGUUCCACCCAGGUCACCCACGUCACCCAGGAGCUGACGUCACGUCGCUUCCAGCGGUGGCGGCAGUCCUGGGCGGAGUUCUGGAGUGGCGACACAGCCAUCGACGAGGCCUCCAGAGUACUCUUCCCCCUCACUUACUUCUCCUUCGUACUCGGCUACUUCGUACUCCUGACCGGGCCCCAGGAAAAGGGGCUCCUGUCCCGCCCUCCCAUCUAGUCUUCAGGAGAUCGUAGGCGUGACACCCGCGCCUGGACCCAGCUGGAGGACACACUCAGAAAAACCUCCUUAGAAUAUAUGCUUUAGAGGAGCCAUAUUUAAAUUAAUAUAGCCUGAUAUUUUUAAUUGGUGAUUUUGUCAUCAGAAGUUUAAUGUAUACUCGCAUAUAGGACAUAGAUGUAUGUAUUCCUGUCCGUUAUAUAGCUCAUGUAUCAUUGUGGGAAAUAUUACCUGAACAUAUAUAAUGUUAAAUUUGAAAGUCUGUAAAUAAAU